AUGACUAAUACUAAUGUUGCUGCUACAAAGCCUCUUUCUACUAUGGUCGAUGAAUCUCCUAGCCUUCUCCGUGAUUGGUGUAUGAACAAGAACCUACAAUACAACUUUGCGAUGAACUUCGUCAUGAUAAUCAUCAACAUUGAAGCAAUCUUGUCUAUCAGAAACCACGAAAAUCACGCAAUCGAGAAUGUCUUAGCAUCUAAAGCUUACUUCGUGGGACGCAUCUGUCACACGUUCGGCUUUUGUAUUUUCGUCCACCUCCUCUAUUCGGUUUCUCCUCACUUGGCUCUAUACUUCGGUCUCCCUUGUUUGCUAGGUUUCGUAGCCGUCAUGAUUGCACCAAGUUGUCCGUAUCAAUGGAAAGGCCUAUGCAACAAAGUGCAAGAGUUACGAGACUGGUGGAAGCAUGUGAAUCGACCACAAUCCUCGGUUGUUAUUGUUCAAGGAUCUCCAUUUCUAAGAUGUGAAUUUUAG